GACUAUUUGACGCACACAGCUGUCAAACAGCGUCCAUAACAACCAGACAGACAGCGCGGAGGGAUUUUACAGACGGGUCUUUUGUUUGGAGGCUUUCCGCUGUUUAAAUCACCGUCUUAAAUCACUUCCGCUGCCGUCGCUGCGACACGGGACGUCAUCAGCAAUGGCGGACAAGGAGAAGCGCCGGUCCGGGGCAACUCCUCCAGGGAUGCCCGAGGGCAAAGCCACCAAGUCGGACAGCGACAGGGAGUUCCUGUCGCAGGCCGGGGUGGGAGAGCUGCUCCGCGGGGCCAUCCUGAAGAUGGUCGAGGCCAGAUCGGACGAUCCCAUUGGGUUUCUGGCCGACCACUUCUGUAACCUCGCCUCUGUGACGGAGUCCGGCACAGCUGGAGGCAGCGACGGGGACCAGCUGAACAACGGGCCGCUGAGCGCAGGCGCGCAGGAGCAGCAGCAUCUUAACCGGGCACUGUGGCACCUGCGGCUGGCUCACCACUCCCAGAGAUCUGCAUUCAGCAACAACGUCUGCGUGGCCUAUGACCUUCUGAACCUCACCAGGCCCCGUAGACGUGCAGGCGAGGCUCCUGAAGGCCCUGAUGGCUCCUGCACCACCAGCCCGACAGAAGCAGGGGGAGGAGGCGUGAGAGGAGGCCUGUACACACAGACUCUGCAGUGCCUCUGCAGUGAGGGCGGAGUCCCUGCCUCCACAUCCGCCCCGCUCCUCCGCCGCCUCCAUUGCCAAGACCACGAGGCCGUCCCUUAUGAUGUUUUCCGCCACGGCGUGCUCACGUGUGCAGUUUUCUCAGACUAUAUUCGGCAGGCUCAGAGGCUUUAUGCUGAGGUGUGCUGCCCGGAUGAAGGGCCUGCAUCGCGGGCGCUGUGCCUGGCCGUGCUGGGGACCUUAAAGGAAGCCCUGGAGACUUCCCAAGGCUGUGAGGCAAACUGCUGUGUGAAUGCUAAUGCUAAAGCUAACUGCUGUAUGGAGGUUAACAUGAAGGCUAUACACUACCUGGAGGCCAGUGCCAAGAUCUCUCCAUACAAGCUGGGUCAGGCCAUGGCUGGGUCACAGACACGGGGUCCAGGUGGUGAUAUGGACGCAAAGGAGUUUGAGAAUGCAGCAGCAGAGCUCUUUAUCACUCGAGUGAAAGUUCUGUCUUAGGUUUCCUGUCUGUCUCUUCAUGAUUUAUGGAUGUCCAGCAAUCUAAUGUAGGGUAAAUAACAACCUUGUGUGUACCUCCUCUAACCCACACUCACAUAUUGUGAUAUUACCUCCUCUUAAGAACGACACUAACCCCUGAUUGUUUUGAAGAUAACACUAAUUGUAAAACAUAUUGUUUGAUGUCUGUUAUUGAACUUAUUAAAGUGGAAGAGAUGAGAAAUCAACAUCUGCCGUGACAAAGCAAGCAGCCGCUGUGCUGUGUGAAGGACUAAAUGCAUUCCUUGAGAUCAGCAUUGAUCCUGUCAGUUUCCAUUAUUGUUCUGCCUUUGCCAAUAAAUGCUCACAUUAGAAAGUAA